GUUUUCCCAUCAAAUAUAGCAAUGCAAGCUGUUCUUCUACCUGAGUGUAUAAAAAUGGAAUCGUCCAAAAGAGGCGGGAAAUCUCGAAUCAGACUAAACAACAGCGGACGUCACGUCACACAUUCCUUUCUUCAGCAAAAAGAAGAAGACGUCUGAUUGGUCACUGAUUGUGUACUGCUGCCUGCGUCAUCGAACAAUUCGGGUCGCGCUAUCCAGUAUUUAAGGACAGUGACGUACGAAUCGGGCUACAGACGAGGUUUUGAAGGUGUAAGACAACCAUUCCGCCAGUCAUCAUCCUUGACUGCGACGCUUUACGCUGAUAUUGAGGUGUGCCAUAAACUCAAUCAUGGCCCGACAUCGUACCCUUCAUCAUGGUCACAGAAGGAAACUCUCUUUCAUAAUCCCUGUGCUUCUCGUGUACGUUUUGGUUUCCGCAUUUCUCGAUUUGACUUAUUCGGGGUACAUGGCGAAACAUGUGUCAGAUGGCGACAGCCAUCAAACAAUAACAACAACAGAGGGGACAAAUAUGACGAAACUCCUAUGGGAGGGGUUGUCUCGUCUUGAACAAAUGGACCAACAGCGAGCCAAUCUCACAGAAAAGUUGAAAAACAUCGCAAAGAUGGCCAAUGUGUCGGAGGAGGCGAUUGGUCCCUGGCUAUCACAGCUUCGUCCAAUGACAAUUGUCGACGCUCCCGCCGGUAAUCGAACCGCGCUUCUUACCUGCCAGGAUAUCGCGGAAAUUAGAAUUAGUAAUCCAAUGGGAAAAGGCGUUACAAAAGUUGUGGAAUUGGGGAAUUACCAAGGCCAUGGGGUGGCGGUAAAGCGAGUACUUCCGACUGUUAAAGAUGUGCGAGAGUGUAAAAGGACGAUCGAACGCAGCGGAUGGAACAAAUGUUUCGUUUUUCCCAACUACAAACUGUUGAAGGAGAUCUUGUUGCUCCAGCAGCUUAAACACCCUAACAUCGUACAGCUUCUUGGGUACUGUGUGCAAAAUGAAGAAACUGACGAAAAUCUGGCAGAACAUGGCGUCGUCUCCGUGACGGAAAUGGGCACUAAAUUCCACGUAGGAAGGGCGCGCAAGAUGGACUGGAAAAUGCGACUAAAGAUGGCGAUUGACCUUGCGAGUCUGUUGGACUAUCUGGAGCACUCUCCGAUGGGUUCUCUUCUAAUGGCGGACUUCAAGGUCGAACAGUUCGUGUGGGUGGGGGGCAAGGUGAAGUUGACUGACUUGGAUGACGUCAGCAACGUGGAACGGAAGUGCGCAGUGGAUUCGGACUGCUGGGUGGAUAAAAAGGAUGUCGGCGUUCCCUGUACCAACGGUUCGUGUCGGGGACUGAACGCCAAACACAACAUGAACGGCGCCUAUAAGACGAUAUUGAGACACAUAAUGGUUCACACUGGAACUGAGGAGACUGCCUUGAGAGAAGAUCUGAGAAGCGUGAGCAUCAGCGCCGCCUCUCUCCACUCAAGGUUACUGCAGCUGCUGGACAAGGAACUAGCUAUAGAUAGCCCUACUCAUAGAUAGUACAGCAAUCCGCGAAGGUUUUGUGGCCUUUCACGUAUCCAUUAUAUAUGAGCUGUAUUUUGUGAAUCAUGAUAUCAGACUGAGUUGAAAGAUAACCGACAGAAUGAGUGUGAAUAUAUGUGAAGCUACAUACUGUAGUUCAGGUUGUAGAGCUGAUUUGACUGUCGUAAUUUGCAAAAGGAAAAUUAAUCAAAUUACGAUCAAGACAUACGUUAACACCUUAUCUAUUGCAAUAAAUGAUAUAACUAGUCGCGUGGUUACCAUGGGAAAUUCUGUA